UCUCCUCCUCCUCCUCUCCCGACAUGGCGGCCCCAGCAGAGCUCAGCGGCCUCAGCGAUGAAGCAGCCUACGGAGCCUGCUCGGAGCCGGAUGCCAGCACGAAGGAUUUUUUGUUGCAGCAGACAAUGUUAAGAGUAAAGGACCCUAAGAAGUCACUGGACUUUUAUACAAGAGUUCUUGGAAUGACACUGCUUCAAAAAUUUGACUUUCCUACUAUGAAGUUCUCACUCUAUUUCCUGGCAUAUGAAGAUAAAAAUGAUAUCCCGAAAGAUAAAACUGAGAGAACAGCUUGGACCUUCUCUAGAAAAGCUACACUUGAACUGACACACAACUGGGGCACUGAAAAUGAUGAAAAUCAGUCUUACCACAAUGGCAAUUCAGACCCCCGAGGAUUUGGACACAUUGGAAUUGCUGUCCCUGAUGUCCAUAAAGCUUGUAAGAGGUUUGAAGAACUAGGAGUGAAAUUUGUAAAGAAACCAGAUGAUGGUAAAAUGAAAGGACUUGCAUUUGUUCAGGAUCCUGAUGGCUACUGGAUUGAAAUUUUGAAUCCUAACCACAUGGUGACUCUCACUUAGUUCUAAUGAAGUAUAUAAUAUAAGAGAUGCACAAUUUCAGUCCCCUGGAGAAAAUCUGUAACAGUGUUUGUGAAAUUCUCGCUUAAUGGAGAGGCAUCAGUCGUAUUCAGAGUCUCCUCUAAAACUAUCUCCUGGGACCUCACUGUACUUGAGUUCCUUUUUUCCUGUGCUGUGAUGCCACUGCAAUUUGCCUCCAAUUAGAAAUACUCAACUAUUUUUUUGGAAGAGUGCUUACAUAGAUGCUCCUAGUGAAGUUUGAUUAUGUUAGUAUUUCACUAAACACUAUCAAAAGAUAAGUGACCAGAAAUUGACUGCAUCUCACACUGUUUAGAUUUAAACUAACAACAACAAAAAAAAUCCUGUGUUACUACUGAUGAGCUUCAACAAGGAGGAAAAAAAACCCCUUCAGAAUAUUUUUUUUAUGAAGUCAAAAGAUCCUGAAGGUUUCAUGCCCUAUCUUGUAUACUAGAAAAUAAAAUGUCAGACUAAUUUUGACUUGAGUAGUAGUACGUUUAUGAAAGUCCUAAUCUUACUUGCAUUAUGCCAAGCAAAACUCUGUACGGAACAGUCUUAACUAGCCUUGCCUGGAACAAGAAACUUUGUGGAGGCAAUAAAUCAGUCCAGCAGAAAGAAUUCAGUCUUUCAGCUUCUGGGUGGUGAUUGACAGCCAAGAUAAGAGGUCUCAUAGUUGCUACCUCGCAGUGAUCUUUCUUGUCUCUUCCAACACUAGAAAGAACUUGCUCGUAAUUUUUGUUUUGAUGAAAGUCUGGGGCUGUAUUUAACUUAAAUGCUCUGUAUGUUCUGCAUUAGGGAUUUAAUGAAAAAGAAACAAGUUUCCUACUAGCUGACGUUUUGAUCUGCACUCUUAAAAUGAGUGCUGGUUACUGAAAUGAUGCCUGUAAAUAGCAGGAAAACAUGUAGCAUCUACAUAUAUUACAGAAAUUACUUGAUUUUAUGCUAUUCCACCUGUUAUGAACAGUGUAAAACAUGUCCAGUUUUGAAAUCCUGUUGUUCCUUCCAACAAGGAAAAAAAACCUUCUGCCCUGUCUUCCUGUGGUGUGAGUAGCACUUAACUCCUACGAAGUCUUCAGUUAUGUGACUAUUGAAUAGUGUAAUGGCAUUGCAGUUCACUUCCAAAUAAAGCAUUCGUGCAAACUACAAAAUAA